CGCUUUUCGAGUCGCCGAGCAAAAAGUCGUGCCAGCGGACAGUCGCUUCUCGGACCGGUUAACGAGGUCGACGUGUUGAACCAACGCGAAUUGUUACUGGCAAAAGUAAACACUGGAUAUCGGUUGUUCAGUCGCAAUGUGCGUCGGACUUUCACGGUGAUCUCAGUGAUGCAGUCACCCGAACCCCAAAUCGCUCUCGGAUAUUAGUGACGGCAUUUAAAUUAGCCCACAGCCCGCGCCGCGAAAGGUCAAAUCUAGCACCUGUUUUAUUACAACAGACUGAGCUUAUUCGAUGAUUCAAUGCUUUUGUGAAUUUUAUCGCGCCUCAUUAAAAUGACAGCGCUAAACGCGUGCGUGCAGUAAAAUAAAUAAAAUAGCGGAUAAGCCAAAGCGAUUAGUAAAACGCCGUAGCUCCAAAGAUGCUCCCGAGAGCACUACCUCAGCAAGCUAUUGAAAAUCAAGCAAAUGAUGUUUGAGACCGGCAACGUCGAGCUAAAAUGACAGUUAAACGCAAAAUCCAAAGUGCAAUAGAAUUUCGCGAUUGCGAAAAGUCUCGGCGGUCCUUCGAGUGAACCCACUAAUUGAGUCGUGUCGUGUCGCCGCAGAUAAGAUCCGGAAGGUGAGUGGGGAGUGCGGAACUAAUUGCAGAGCGACGCACGCCAGUCGCGGAGCCAUGUUAGAAUGGCGGAUCCCGGCAAAAACCAGAGGGACGGACACAACGGGGCGGCCAGCGACCGCGGCCACGCCCAAAAUGGGCGCAACGGACACAGUCCGGGACCACAGCAGCCGGCGCAGGAGCAUCCGACCGCCAGCCAGGCCGCCCUCGACGCCAGGAGCUUGUGGCCAAGCAUACAGUCCUGGAUCGGCGGCGGUGUCCGGCGGAUGAGGAGCCAGGUGCUCCGGCGGACAGCCACCACCGGCCCAGAGGCGGCUCCGUCCGGCGGAGGCGGCGCACCUCCGUCUGAUUUACGGCCAGAAAGCCGCGAUCCGGCUGCGUCAUCCAGAAGUGGAGCUGGAGCCACCGAGACUGAUGGCGCUAAUCCCCAUCGAAGGCUGAAUGAACCUUCGUCCGGGGGCAGUAGGCAAUCCCUGAAAAAUUUUCUAAAAAAAACUGGACUUGGAAGGAAAAAACGAAAAGAUGAUGAGGACUUCACCUCGUCCGCUGGGUACGAUGCAGAUGAUGGGGAGAGGCGUGUCAUAAACCUAAACGGGCCACAGCCCACUAAGUACUGUAAUAACCGCAUAACGACGGCAAAGUAUAGUUUCAUCAGCUUUCUGCCCGCGUUCCUGUUCGAGCAGUUUCGGCGGUACUCCAACUGCUUUUUUCUGCUAAUUGCCAUUCUGCAACAAAUCCCAGAAGUGUCGCCCACGGGGCGGUAUACCACGCUGGUGCCACUGAUGUUCAUCCUCUCGGUGAGCGCCAUCAAGGAGGUAAUCGAGGAUAUCAAACGACACCGGGCUGAUAAUGAGAUCAACCACCGCUUGAUCGAACGCCUGGACAGCGGCUCCUGGCACACGGUCCGUUGGUCGGAGCUGUCAGUGGGCGAUAUCAUCAAAGUGGGGAUCAACACCUUCUUCCCCGCCGACCUGAUUCUCCUCUCGUCCAGUGAACCGCAGGCCAUGUGCUUCAUAGAGACGGCCAACCUGGACGGCGAGACGAACCUGAAGAUCCGGCAGGCGCUGCCAGCCACCGCUGAGCUGCUGGAGACGAAGGAUCUGCAGCGCCUCGAGGGCAGGAUCGAGUGCGAGCUGCCCAACCGGCAUUUAUACGAGUUCAACGGGGUGCUCAAGGAGACCGGCAAGCAACCCGCUGCUUUGGGCAAUGACCAGGUGCUGCAGCGCGGAGCCAUUCUGCGGAACACGGCGUGGGUGUUCGGGAUCGUGGUGUACUCCGGUCAGGAGACAAAGCUGAUGAAGAACUCCACCUCGGCUCCACUGAAACGCUCCACCGUAGACAAGCUGACCAACACCCAGAUCCUCAUGCUGUUCAUGAUCCUCAUCUCGCUGUGCAUCAUCAGCGGCCUGUGCAACCUCUUCUGGACACGUGAGCACUCGGAGACCGACUGGUACCUGGGCCUCACCGACUUCAAGACCAAGAGCCUCGGCUAUAACCUGCUGACCUUCUUCAUCCUGUACAACAACCUGAUCCCCAUUUCGCUGCAGGUGACCCUUGAGCUGGUGCGCUUCCUGCAGGCCAUCUUCAUCAACUACGACAUCGAGAUGUACCACGAAGAGUCCAACACGCCGGCCAUGGCCCGCACCUCGAACCUGAACGAGGAGCUGGGCAUGGUCAAGUACAUUUUCUCGGACAAGACGGGCACCCUUACGCAAAACGUGAUGGAGUUUAAAAAGUGCUCCAUCGCUGGAUUCGUCUAUACCCCCGAGCGAACACCGGAGGAGUCGCAGCUGGUGCAGAACAUCUUAAGCCGUCAUCAGACGGCCGCCGUGAUCGAGGAGUUUCUUGUGCUGCUUUCCGUGUGCCACACGGUGAUCCCCGAGCGCAAAGAGGACGGCUCUAUGAUCUACCACGCCGCCAGUCCGGAUGAGCGGGCUUUAGUGGAAGGAGCCCAGAGAUUUGGAUAUAUCUUCGACACGCGCACCCCGAAGUACGUUGAGAUAAAUGCACUGGGCGUGCGGAAGCGGUACGAGGUCCUGAAUGUCCUGGAGUUCACAUCGACGCGCAAGCGCAUGUCGUUGAUUGUCCGCACGCCGGACAGCAAGAUUAAGCUCUUCUGCAAGGGAGCGGACACGGUGAUCUACGAGCGGUUGGCUCCGCAGGGUCAGGCCUUCCGGGAGGAGACGCUGCGUCAUCUGGAGGAGUUUGCCUCGGAUGGUUUGAGGACCCUCUGUUUGGCCGUGGCCGACAUCCGGCCCGAUGUGUACCAAGAGUGGAGCCAGACCUUCGAUAAGGCCUCGGUGGCUCUGCAAAACCGGGAGAGCAAGCUGGAGGACGCGGCAAACCUGAUUGAGAAUAAUCUGCGCCUGCUGGGCGCCACGGCGAUUGAGGAUCGUCUGCAGGAUGGUGUGCCGGAAACAAUUGCUGCUCUCCUGGACGCGGGCAUCUAUAUUUGGGUGCUCACCGGCGACAAGCAGGAGACGGCCAUCAACAUUGGCUACUCCUGCCGCUUGAUCAGCCACUCCAUGGACAUCAUUAUCCUGAACGAGGAGAGCCUCGACGCCACCCGCGAUGUUAUCCACCGUCAUUAUGGGGACUUCAAGAGUUCGUCGGCGAAGGACGUAAACGUGGCCCUGGUCAUCGAUGGCACCACUCUGAAGUACGCCCUUAGCUGCGACCUGCGCCACGAUUUCCAAGAUUUGUGCCUCCUGUGCCGCGUAGUCAUCUGCUGUAGGGUUUCGCCAAUUCAGAAGGCGGAGGUAGUCGAGAUGGUUACCCAGAGUACGAACGCAGUGACUCUGGCCAUUGGCGAUGGAGCCAACGACGUGGCCAUGAUCCAGAAGGCGAACGUGGGCAUCGGUAUAUCUGGAGUGGAAGGUCUGCAGGCGGCCUGCGCCUCGGACUACUCGAUCGCCCAGUUCCGCUAUUUGCAGCGCCUGUUGUUGGUGCACGGAGCUUGGAACUACGCCAGGAUCUCGAAGCUGAUUCUGUACAGCUUCUACAAGAACGUGUGUCUGUACGUCAUCGAGUUGUGGUUCGCCCUCUACUCCGGCUGGUCGGGUCAGAUCCUGUUCGAGCGCUGGACCAUAGGUCUUUACAACGUGGUCUUCACGGCCAUGCCUCCGUUCGCGAUGGGAUUAUUCGAGAAAUUCUGCACGGCGGAGACGAUGCUCCGCUAUCCGAUGCUCUACAAAACAUCGCAGAACGCGAAACUAUUCAAUGUGAAGGUCUUCUGGAUAUGGAUAUUCAAUGCCCUGCUCCACUCGGUGUUCCUCUUUUGGCUGCCAUUGGCGGCCUACACGGGGGAAGCCAUCUGGGGCGAUGGCAAGACCAGCGAUUAUUUGGUGAUGGGCAAUCUAGUUUAUACGUAUGUGAUUGUUACAGUUUGUCUAAAGGCCGGACUCAUAACGAACUCGUGGACCUGGCUGACGCAUCUGGCCAUUUGGGGCUCUAUAGUCCUGUGGUUCAGUUUCCUGCUGAUCUACAGCCAUGUGUGGCCGACCUUCAAGUUUGCCAGCAACUUCCGCGGCAUGGACAUCCAGUUGCUGUCGACGCCAGUUUUCUAUUUCUGCCUACUGCUGGUGCCCAUAACCACGCUGCUGAUCGACGUCAUUUGUAAACUGGUGCACAACACCGUAUUCAAGACACUCACAGAGGCUGUUCGCGAGACGGAGAUCCGCCGCAGCGACAUCUCGGAAGUGAUGAACGAGCCGCGAUCUUCUGACUCUGGUUUCGGAUACGCCCUCGGCAAGCUGAUACGAUCCAGCCACGUCCUAAUCUCUCAAGACCGCCGCACCAACCUGGAGUCGCGGUCCAGUGUGGAGUCGAAUCUGCGGGUGGAGAACCUGGAGCUGGAGGUGGACACGGAGCGGCAGCAGCGCAGCCGGCAGCGGCAGAAGUGGCGAGGAGGUCAGAUGUCCUUCAUUGCCACUCGCAGUGCCAGAACCGGCGCUACAUCCCCCAUCACGGCCACUCUGCACAUGUGAGGGGACUCAACCCACGUUGAAGGCAAAGCAAAUCGAAUUAUUUUACUAGUGUAAUUCCGUAUCUAAUAAGUCUGCAUUGUAAAGUAUUGUAAUACGAGUACCUCCUAAGAACUGUCGAAUCGUAUCAUAUCAUGUUUCCAUGCGUAUAUGCUAGGCCUUGUGAGCGCAUUCCUUUUACAUCGCAUACUGUAUGUGCUAAGAAACUAUUUGCCAACUGUGAUAGUGUCUAAGGAGUAGCCAGGUGGUUAGGCACGUAGGAUAGGCCAAUAAUCAGGAAAUGUUUUUUGUGACCCGUGUUAUCAUCAUUCCUGAGUUACUUCGUUUAUUGAUAACCCUACUUAUGUCUUAGCUGAAUGUUUAGCCCGUACUUUUAAGAGACUUGCCAGGUUGUAACAAUGACGAACCCAGUCACGAAUGUUCCGUUUGGUCCUACUUAACAAUCUAUGAUUAACCACCCGACAUACAUACUCAUCCCAACGUUAUUGGAAUGUGGUGGUACCAGAUGAUAUGUAUGUAUCAGUUUUGAAUAUAUGUAUUCCGCACCGUCCACCCCAGCUCGCAUGCACCUAAUUCGGCCGAUGAUAUACUAACUCUCUGGCUGCUGAUUUUUUAAUCGAUCUGAAUGUGACCCGAUCCGAUACGCUUUGCACUUUGUUGAAUGUACAUUC